AUGGAUACGUCAAAGAUUUCUAACGAGCAUAUUCAUGACAAUUUGCCGUUCUCGUCAAAAAGCGUGGACAAGAUAAUAGAUGAUUCUCAGCAUAGUGGUGAACUCCUGUUGAGUGGUCGAAAGUUGUCUGAUUUUCCAAACUCCAUCACCCACUAUGAUCUGUCUGAUUUGCACCACGCAGAUCUGUCAAAGAACUGUUUGAGUGACUUUCCACGUUUCCUCUUCAACUUCUUGUCAUUGGAGCACCUUAAUUGCUACCACAACUCUAUCAAGACCAUACCUAUCUCCAUCUUACAACUUAAAAAUCUUGUACAACUCAAUUUAAGUCACAACCAGUUAACAUGUCUACCAAAGCAUGCCUGCCAGCUUGCAUGUCUUCAGAUACUAAACUUAUCCAACAACCGACUGCAAAAUUUGCCAAACGACAUAUCACAGCUCAAUCAGCUUAUGGAGUUGGAUGUGAGCAAUAAUCAGUUGCAAAGCCUCCCAGACACCAUUCAACAACUCACUUUGCUCAGAUAUCUUGAUGUUCACAAAAAUUACUUAACCUCUCUUAAUAGUUGUGUUUGUACUAUGAGGUUGGUGAAGUUGGACAUUUCCGUAAAUCAUAUCACACACCUUCCUGCCGACUUUGACCAACUUACUUCAUUGGAUCUUCUCAUCAUACACAACAAUCCUCUCAUUCACCCACCUCCCAAUGUUAGCAUUCCAUUCAAUUAA